GCCAAUUUUUAUAUAAAUGAGUUUCUAUAAAUUUGUUCGCAUCUAUUUGUGGAUAUUAUUAUUCAUAUCGGUUUUGUUUGUAGCGCGUAAUUUGUCGACUUACUGCCUCAGCGUACUUGGUCACAUUGAUUCCAAAUCAAAAGAUAGAAGAAGACCACACAAGUGUUAACAAGGCCUUUGCAUUCCAUAACCAAUUACCUGCACCCACUCGCAAGAUGGUUUGCGUGCCCUGUUUCAUCAUCCCGCUGCUGCUGUACAUCUGGCACAAGUUCGUGCAGCCAAUUCUACUGCGCUACUGGAAUCCGUGGGAGAAAAAGGAUGCACAGGGCAAUGUGAUCAAAGCCGGACCGGAAUUCCCCUUCGAAUGCAAGGGCGGCGUCUGCCCCUUUGUGCCCGGUGGCAACAAGGAGAAGAACCCACCAGCUGCCGAGGGCGCCACCUCUGGCGCUGAGGAAGUGCAGCAGACUGCAGCUGAAUCUAUCUCUGCCAACGGCCCUGACGCUUCCUGCACAACAAAACAAACGCCAAUUACUUCGGAGACAAGUGCGGAGUCCAAGAAACUUAUCUAAAUUCCUGUAGAUUUUUUCUAUUGUUUUCUUUUUCUCAUAUUUUUUUUUUUGCCUGCGUGUGUGUGUGUGUGUGAUUUCGACGACGAACAUAUGACUACACUAGUGGCACAAUUAAUGCGCACAGUAAACAUUCCAGACAUUGUCCCACCCUACACAAAACAAUUAACGCUUAACAAAAAUUGCUAAUUCAACAAAACACAUACAGUGCGGCUAUGUACACACACACAUAUAAUUAACAUAAAAUAAACCCAAGAGUGUGAGUGAUA